AUGACUGACAAUUAUUCAAAAUUCAACCUUGGCAAUAUAAUUAAAAAAGUUAGAUCGUUGCCCUUAAAUGUAUCCAAAGACCUAUAUGGAUACAAUUUAGAUAUUUCCCAAAUUACAUCUAAUAUAAUGGUUUGUUCUUAUCCAGUAACUAAAUACCCAAAAUUAAUUUAUCGUAAUAGUUUAGGAGAUUUAAUAAAUUAUUUAAAUACAAAUCAUGGUGAAAAUAGAUGGAAGAUUUAUAAUUUAAAAGUUGAAAUGGAUGACAUGGAUUAUACUGAUGCAGAUUUAUUAAAAUACACUAAUUCAUAUGAUUAUUAUGAUAUAUUUUCUGAAGAAACCUGUGUCAAUAAUUCUUUGAGAAAUGACAAUAAUAAACAACUUCAAACUAACGUGCCUGUUAUAAAUAAUUUAAAACUGAAAGAUAUUUUGCUGCGUAGAGGUUGGUUAGAUCAUUGUCCACCACCCUUUAUUGUAAUGCAAGAAAUUAUAGAAGAUAUCCAUUUUCAUCUUAGUAGACAUAAAUCGAACGUCGCUGUCAUUCAUUGCAAAAUGGGAAAAGGAAGGUCUGGUACAAUUGUAAUAGCAUAUUUAAUGAAAUAUUUAGAAAAUUCAUUGGAUCAAAGCAAAGAUAUAUUUAUGAAGGGUAGAUUUAAACUUGGGAUUAGCAAAGGGGUCACUAUAUGGUCACAAUUACGAUAUCUAAGAUAUCAUGAAAUAUUUCUAAAAUAUGAUUUGGACACUCAAAAGAGAAUACUACGACAACUGAAGAAUAAUAUUGGAAAUAUAAGGUUUCAUUUACAGACAAUUGAAUUAGUAAAUCCAAUUUCAUUUAUUCAAAUGCAAAGCCAUUCGUGUGUUGCAAAGGUAAAAGUUCAAACUUAUAAAUCUGGAUUGAGUUCACUAAAGACACUUGCUUCGAUGUCAUCAGAAAAACAGGUUAUAGAAAAUAAUAAAGAAAAAAUUACUAUAGUAUGUCCUGUUAUCCUCAGUAAUGACAUUACCGAUAUCAAGAUAAAGAUAGGGAUUAAGAUUCAGGAAGUUGAAGGAGGAAAAUAUUAUUGUCAGAAAACAUCAGAUCUAACUAAUAAUCUUACAAACGGGAUGACAUUUGCCAAUUUUUGGUUUAACAUAUACUGGGAAUCUAUCAGAGGAGUUAAAAAUGACAUUUCAAGUACAUUCUCAAUGGAACAGUUGAAAUACCAACAGUCUCUUGGACAAGAGUAUGAAAUGCAGGUGCAUUGGGAUAAAUUCGAUGGAACUAAAGGCACAAGGCACAAAGGGUUAAAAUUAUUUGAUUCUAUGAAUAUUAAAUGGAAAAUUAAAUGA